UAGUCUGCCCUGCUGUGGGACACAGGGUCCCAGGGCUGCCCCCAAAGGACAGAGGCGGGCUGGGCCCCCAGUGUGUCCCCGCUGGGGGGCAGAUGCACAGGAAGGGAGCGGAGAGGAAGAGCGAGAUCCGCAGAGAGAGUGAGGAGGGGAGAAGGACCCCCCCACACAUACACCCCCCCAGCAAGAUAACCAGACAGCCGGGGGGAUGGCAGCCCCGGCGCCGGUGGGGUUCGAGGAGGUGGCCGUGUAUUUCUCCCGGGAGGAGUGGGGGCUCCUGGACGAAGGGCAGAGGCAGCUCUACAGGGACGUCAUGCAGGAGAAUUACCAGACUCUGAUCUCCCUGGCAGGAUUCCCCGUCCCCGACCUGGCCGUGAUCUCCUGGAUGGAGCCCAGGGAAGAGCCGAGGAUCCCGGAUCUCCAGGGCUCUGAGGAAAGCGAGAUCACCCGCACAGCAGGCGAGAGGCGCUGGAGGCGGAGCCAGGAGAAUCCCAUCCAGGGAAACCUCAAGAGGCUGGAACCUCAGCAGACCUUCCCGGGGAUAGCCCGGAAGUGGGCCAUGCAGAACUCUAGCCCGGGCAGGACUUGGGGGAGCCAGCAGGGGGCCCUUGGUGCUAGAGGGCAGGAGGUGCCCCCGCCUGGCAGAUCUGCUACAUCUGGCCGCCAGGAGCGAGGCUUCGGACGGUUCCUGGGCAUCCUCUUCGAGCCCUCGGCCGUGGCAAGGCCGCCUCGGCCCAGGGAGCGUGGGAGGGCCCCUGGGCGCAGCAAGGGCUCCGGGAGGCCCUACGGCUGCACCGAGUGCGACAAGAGCUUCCAGCAGAAGCCGCACUUGGUGACUCACCUGCGCACCCACGCAGGGGAGCGGCCCCACCGCUGCGCCCAGUGCGGGAGGAGCUUCUGCCACAAGCACCAGCUGACCCGGCACCACCAGGGACACGCCAAGGAGGAGACCGGUGCCGUGCUGAGCCUGGGACCCAAGGGGGCCGCCCCGGUGGUAGAGAUCAGGGAUGCACCGAGCGGGAACGAUGAGGCAGGGAAGAUUUCUAGGGGACUGGGUUGCCCGGCGCACUGCAUCCUGUCCCCGCUGAGCAGCUGCUGGCAGCGGGCUGGAUUCCCCGUCCCUGCCGUGAUCGCCGAGAUGCAGGGAGAGGAAGAGCCGUGUGUCCCGGAUCUCCGGGGUGCUGAGGAACAGGAGAGCCUGAAAGGUGCCCGCAAAGCAGGUGGCAGGAUGGAUGAGCAGUGUUCCCAGCAGCACAGGCCUGUGGGAGCAGAUCCAGAUGGGGCAUCACCUGAUGAGGAUGCUUCCAUGGGAGAAGAUCCACAUGGGAUGCUGCCUGGUGGGAAUGAGUCCAUAGAAGAGGACCCACAUGGGCCAUUGUCUGAUGAGACUUUAUCCCAGGUUCCAGCCCUGCGGCAAACCUCUGAGCACUCUCCUGGCUCACAAACCCCUUCAGCCCUGGAAUCUCAGUGGGAAAAGCCCCCAUUGGCACCCACCCAGCCCAGCCCAGCCCCCAAGAAACCCCCUUCCCGCGAGGCACACCCCACCAUCUGCAGCGAGUGUGGGAAGAGCUUCACCCGGAGCUCCCUGCUGGCCCAGCACCAGCGGGUGCACACGGGGGAGCGCCCCUACCAGUGCACUGAGUGUGGGAAAAGCUUCAGCCGCAGCUCCACCCUCAUCCAGCACUGGAGGACCCACACGGGGGAGCGGCCCAAUACGUGCACCGAGUGCGGGAAGGGAUUCAGCCAGCGCUCCGACCUGGUGAAGCACCUGCGCACCCACACCGGGGAGCGCCCCUACCAGUGCCCCGACUGCGGUCAGAGCUUCAGCCGCAGCUCGGACCUCAUCAAGCACCAGCGCAUCCACACCGGGGAGCGGCCCUACAUCUGCCCUGACUGCGGGAAGGGCUUCAGCCGCAGCUCCGACCUCUUCCAGCACCAGCGCACCCAGCGCGGCGAGAAACCUUACAAGUGCACCGAGUGCGGGAAGAAGUUCAGCCGCAGCUCCAACCUCAUCCGCCACCAGCGCACCCACACGGGCGAGAGGCCCUACGUCUGCCCCGACUGCGGGCGCGGCUUCUCCCAGAACUCCCACUACACGGACCACCAGCGGAGCCACCGCCAUGAGAAACCCUACCACUGCACCCAGUGCGGCAAGGACUUCGGGCGCAGCUCCACCCUGGUCAAGCACUGGCGCACACACACCAGGGAGAUCCUGUGAGCCUGGGGCAGACUUUCAACUCUCCAGUUGUGGACCAGGAAUCCCAAUGUGGCCUCCUGGGGAACUUGACUCAGUGUCGCCCCCAGGGUCAGCUUGGGUUGGUGAUGCCACUAGUCACUGCUGGUCCCUUGGGGGAUUUGAUACAGUGUAUUAUCCAGGGUCAGCCUGAUUAACAGUGUUACCAGUAGAGUCAAUGCUCUUCUCCUGGAGGAUUUGAUACAAUGUUUCCAGAGGGGUCACACACACCCCUUAACCUGGCACAUUUGAUACAAUGUUUCCACCAGGGUCAUUUCUCCUUUCCGUAAAUAAUUUGAUUCAAUGUUUCCAAGAGAGUCAAUUCUUCCCUGGAGGGUAGGCCAGGGUCGUUUGAUGCAAUGUCUCCACUGAGAUCCAUUCUCUUUCCUUGGGUGCAUUGAUACAAUGUCUCCAAUAGAGUCACUCUUCCUCUUUUUAGAGAGCUUGGUACAAUGUUUCCACCAUUGUCAAUUCUUCUGUCAUGGUUGAUUUGAUACAACUGUAUCCAGUUGUUCCCAGGUGGUAUCUCUAGACCAAGGUCGGUGUGAUACAAUGUCUCCACUCAGGUCCAUCCUAAUGACUUUGGGUGAAUUGAUACAUUGCCUCCAGUAGAGUCAACUCUCUUCUCCCAGGGUGACCAAUACUCCCCUUGAGGACUGGAUACAAUAGUCACAUCCUCAGAUGGUGUGAAUUGGCAUAGAUCCAUUGCAGACAGAUUUUUACCCCAGUUCCCUAAGGGCCCCCACAAGGAUUGAACUCACAAUGCUGGGUUUAGCAGGCCAAUGCUCAAACCACUGAGCUAUCCCUCCUAUCUUGGCCACUGAGAUCAGAAUCUGCCUUGACUUCAUUAAUAUCAGUGGGUUCCCUCUAGAUUUAUACUGAGGUCUCUGAGAUCAGAAUCCAGCCCUAACUCCCUUAACUUCAGUGGAGGAGGUGGGGAUGGUCGCUCCGGCUUUACACCAUCAUUAACUAGAGAGGAAUCCAGCAUCAAUUCUGGUUUCCUGGAAGACUUGAGGCUAUUUCUGGACAGGUUUGUAAAAAUCCAUAGAUGACUGGGUAUUUUUACCUUGGAGAAUAAGUAAGUGGGUCAGGAAAUUAGACAAUGAGGAUUGAAAAGAGGAGGAAAUACAGAAGCAGCAACAGCUAGAUUAUGGUGGAAGGAGGUAUUCUGUUUAUUUCCCUUGGAACACGUUGGGGGGGAGAAGGGAAAAGGGAAGGAACCAGAAGCCAAAGCAACCCCUAAAGGGAUCUAUGCUUUGGUGGACAGUUGGUGGAAUAUAAAGAGUUGGGCCCUACCAAAUUCACGGCCAUGAAAAACGCAUCAUGGACCAUGAAAUCUGGUCUCCCCCGUGAAAUCUGGUCUUCUAUUUACUUUUACCCUAUACUGUAAAAGUACACAGCAUUUCUCAAACUGGGGGUCCUGACCCAAAAGGGGGCACAAGGCUAUUGUGGGGGAUCAUGGUAUUGUCACCCUUACUUCUGUGCUGCUGCUGGUGGCAGCGCUGCCUUCAGAGCUGGGCACCUGGAACGCCGCCCACUGCUCUCUGAAGGCAGCGCAGAAAUAAGGGUGGCAAUACUGUGACCCCCUACAAUAGUCUUGCAACCCCCUUUUGGGUCGAGACCCCCAGUUUGAGAAAUACUGAGUCUUAAGGGCUUUGUGUGUUUAUCUUUUGCCAUUUUCAAAUACAUAUUCAUGUUUUGUUACAGCACCAUGAACUUUAAAAUGUAAAUAUCUGAAACGGUGACAGUCAAGAUUUAAAAAAUGCUAUGGCCAUGAAAUUUGCAGGAAUGGACCAUGAAUUUGGUAGGGCCCUACUAAAGAGAGGUCUAAAUGCUUCUUGGAGUAGGGGGAAAUGCAGUGCCUCAAGUCAGUUAAUUUACCCCUUCGCCCCUUGCUCUGCAGGAAUCAUUAAUGCACAGUCCCCUUCAGACCCAGCUUUAGAAGGGAGGUCCAAGAAAUCCCAUUUCAAAAGCUGAUCUCACUUUCCUUAUGGGCUCUGACUGGGUGACUCAAUCCUCCUGGAGUGUCUGUGUUGUCUAGGGCCAUCUGUGUCUUGCCUGAAAUGUUGGGGCCCUUUGUCUGAGCUAUCUUUGGGGAACUGAAUUUGGGAACCUCUGGAUGGGAACAAUAUGAUCCUCUAUUGCUUGCGCUGUACAUUAGAGGAAAUAGACUCGUAAAUCUUUGCUCUGCUCUAACCACUAGAGGGUGGUAUAAACCCACAUUGUGGGUUCCACCUACAUUUUGUGUCUUGGAGUUUCAAAUGCUUGUGGUAGAAUAACCCACAAACCACACAUCUCUGUCUGUGUCCCAAGCAGGGCCGGCUCCAGGCACCAGCGCAGCAAGCAAGUGCUUGGGGUGGCCAAGGUCUGGCUCUUCCACAGCAAUUCGGCAGCGGGUCCCUCAGUCCCUCUUGGAGGGAAGGACCUGCUGCCGAAGUGCCGCCGAAGAAGAAAGCGGCGCGGUGGAGCUGCCACUGAAAUGCUGCCAAUCACUUUCGCACCUCCCUCACCCACCCACCCACCCCCCGCCGCUUGGGGCGACAAAAAUCCUGAAGCUGGCCCCGGUCCCAAGCGGCGAACAUGAGUCAUAUAUGCCUGUAUUAAAUCUCCAGAAUAAUUGCCUUCCAUGUGUCUAAGACUGAGGGAGGCAGUUGUUUGUUUUGCUCUGUUUUUUUGUUUGUGCAUGUUUCCCAUUGGUCAAAUGAAUGAGUAGAACUUUAAAUGCUUGUUUAAAACAUGAUGUUUAAUCAGCCAUUGGAACUCCCUGACACGUGAUAUAAUGGAGGCCGAGACUUCAGUAGGAUUGAGGAAAAGGAUUUAUAUGGAACAUGCGCAUAUCUACUAGACCAGUGGUUUUCAACCCAUGGUCAGUCCGCAAACUAUGUCUAAGGGGUCCGUGAAAGCUUGUUGUUACCAUAAAACAGUGGUUUUCAAGUCUGUGGUCUGCGGACCCUGGGGGUCUGCAGUCUACAUCUAAGAUGUCCAAAGGGGUCCAUAGCUCCAUUUGACAUUUCUUUUAGGGGUCUGCUAAUGAGAAAAGGUUGGAAACCACUGUAUGAGGCAAAGAUGUCUAAGGCCAGGUCUACACUAGCGGGGGGGUUGACCUAAGAUACGCAACUUCAGCUACGCGAAUAGCGAACUGAAGUCGGCGUAUCUUAGGUCGACUUACCUGGCCAUGAGGACGGCGGCGAGUCGACCGCUGCUGCUCCCCUGUCAACUCCGCUUCCACCUCUCGCAAGCUGGAUUUCUGGAGUUGACGGGGAGCACAAUCGGGAAUCGAUUUUAUCGUGUCUACACUAAACGCGAUAAAUCGACCCCGGAUAGAUCGAUCACGCGGGUAGUGAAGACCUGCCCUAAGAGAUCUAAGCCGUCAUGCCUCUGGGCAUAAACCAGACACUAAUGUAGCAGAGGGAGGAAGAAACUUUCACUGUGGGUAAUUUAUUUUAUAAUGGCCCAUGACGAGGUGCACCUUCUUUGGAAGCAGCUGACAAUGGCCGCUGCUGGAGACAGGUUGCUGGGCAAGAUAGUCCCAUUGGUCUGCUCCAGAGUGACAGGGAGAGGGUGAAAUAUCAGGCUAGCUGGGCCCCUGGGUCUGAUCUGGGGCAGCAAGGAGGCAGGAUACUGGGUCAGAUGGGUCCAUUGUCCGAGCAGAGGCAGUAACGCCCUGGAAUACUGUUUCUGGUCAUAAACCUGGUUCAUUGUUUGGCCAAUUUCUUGUCCUUUCUGGGAACAGUGCAGAGGAGAAUUGCUAAUUCACCCAACCCGAUCCCAAUUGAGGGACAAUCUUCUAGCACCAUAUUCAGCUCGUCUGUUUGUAGAGGCAGCAAACUGUAUUUCUGCUUCUGUCCAUGUCUGUCAUUAUUCUAGUCUGUAGCUAAAACAUCAAUAAAUAUAUUGAAACAGGA